AUGGGAAAACGUGGUUCAGUGUUAAGCCAAUUUCAAAAUUUUGAUGCAUACGCUAAAACUCUCGAUGACUUUCGUAUUAAAACAUACUAUGGAGCAGCACUAACUAUUUUAAGUGCCAUUAUUAUUAUUACCUUGCUUUGGUCUGAGUUUAACGAGUAUAGGGUGACUGAAAUAAAACCUGAAUUAGUAGUAGAUAAAAGUAGAAAGGAAAAAUUAACGAUAAAUAUCAAUAUAACCUUCCCAAAAGUGCCAUGCUAUCUUUUGAGUGUUGAUGUAAUGGAUGUUGCAGGCGAGACUCAAAAUGAUCUCACUCAUGACAUUUAUAAGACUCGUUUAGAUGCCGACGGAACUCAAAUCCAUAUUGAGAAAGCCACAGAUAUUGGUGAUCCUACAAAAGAUAUAAUAAAGAUUGUCAAUAACACAGCUCCAGGCGGUGAGAAUUAUUGCGGUAGUUGUUAUGGGGCGACACCAGAAAGUGGAUGUUGUAACACUUGUGAUGAAGUUCGUGAAGCUUAUAUUCAAGCUGGAUGGUCUUUCAACAACCCCGAUGAUAUUGAACAGUGCGUUAGGGAAGGUUGGAAAGAUAAAGUAGCUGAACAAUCAAAAGAAGGUUGUAAUGUAGCUGGUAGUGUCAGAGUAAAUAAAGUAGCUGGAAACUUCCAUCUUGCACCUGGUAAAAGUUUUCAGCAAAAUCAUGUUCAUGUUCAUGAUUUACAACCCUUCUUAAGUGAUGGUGUUCAACAUGAUUUUACGCACGAGAUUCAUCAUUUGAGCUUUGGUCCUAAAGUUGAUGGUGUGGUAAAUCCUUUGGACGGUGUUGGUGGAGCUGUUACUAAAGGACAUUACAUGUUUCAGUAUUUUCUUAAAGUAGUGUCUACACACUUCUAUUUUCUUAAUGAGACCGCUAUUUACACAAAUCAAUAUUCUGUGACACAAUUUGAACGUGAUUUAACCGGUAGAGAUCACACACAUUCACAUAGUCACAUAAGUGGCUUACCAGGUGUAUUUUUUAAUUAUGAAAUUUCUCCAAUGUUAAUUAUAAACCGUGAAGAAAGUAAAAGCUUUACACAUUUUUUAACAGGUGUAUGUGCUAUAGUUGGAGGAAUUUUUACAGUAGCUGGGAUAUUAGAUGGUUUUAUAUAUAAUGCUGAAAAAACUUUUAAGAAAAAGGUUGAAUUGG